AUGGUGAUGAUGAUUCUUACCAAGGAGAAUGCUGUUAGAGAUUGGAAUGAAUUGAUGGGACCCACGGACCAUGAACUGGCAAAGGCAUCUUUUCCAAAUUCCCUGCGAGCUCAGUUUGACACAAGUAUUUUACGAAAUGGAUUUCAUAGUUCCUCCAGUAUAAAGCAUGCGAGACACUGCAUCAAAUUAUUUUUUGGAGAUACAAUCCUGGAUUCAUUUGGAGCUUCUCUAGAGGAGGAGCUGCCUGCUUCAGAAUCUCCAAGUCCUGCAGCGAGUGCUACUGCUGUCGAAUCUUCUGACUUCGUGGAUGUAGAAGCUCCCAAAGAUGAACAAGAAGUAACUACUUCUGAUACUACCCUGGCACCUGGGGCCGAAAUUGUACCUUCUGGUGAACCCCCUGAUGCCAGCACUGAAGGUGUAUCUUCUCCAGGUGAAGCCUCCGGUGCUGGCAUUGAAGGUAUAAUUGUUCCUGAUGAUAGCUCUGGUCCUGGCAUUGAAGAUAUGCCAGUCCCUGGUGAAAUCCCUGAUGCUAGCACCCAAGAAAUAACUGCUCCCUCUGAUGUUCCUGAAUCUGGCAUUGAAGAUGUACCUGCUCCUGUUGAAGUUGCUGGUGCCAGCUCUGAAGAAGUCCCUGCUCCUGGUGAAGCCCCUGAUGUCAGCACUGAAGAUGUACCUGUACCGGAGGAAGCCCCUGAUGCCAGCGCUGAAGAUGUACCUGCACCGGAGGAAGCCCCUGAUGCUAGUGUUGAAGAUGCACCUGCACCAGAGGAAGCUCCUGAUGCCAGUGCUGAAGAUGUACCUGCACCAGAGGAAGCCCCUGAUGCCAGUGUGCAUGCUGCAGCUGAUGGCUCUUGA